AAAGAUUAAUACCAUCACCUAAGAUUGACAGAUGUUAGUUUUAUCAGGAAACUGAAGAGAUGAUUGCUGAUGUUCUUGGUAUGGAAGUUCUCCGGCAUACAUUAGCAGAUAAUAUUCUUGUUGGAAGCUAUUGUGCUUUCUCAAACUUGGGAGGCUUGGUACAUCCUCAUGCAUCUAUUGAAGAGAUGUAUGAGCUUGCACAUCUCCUUGAUAUUCCUUUGAUGGCAGGAACUGUGAACCGCGGUAGUGAAGUGAUAGCUGCUGGAAUGAUUGUCAACGACUGGGCAGCAUUUUGUGGGUCAGACACUACAGCAACAGAAGUGGCUGUUAUCGAGAACAUUUUCAAGUUGAGGGGGGCUCAACCCAGUGUUAAUGAGAUCAGGAAAUCUGUGAUCGACAUGUACGUUUGAGUUAUUUUGUAUACAUACUGAGUUUUGUGUGUUAAUUGAUUAUGUACA